ACAAAUGAGUUGGGUUUCAACACAAACACUGCCCAAUUCUUCUGUUUUUGGGCGUGGAAAGCUCACCUUACCACAACCUGUGAAAGGGAAAAUGGGUGAGCAUUUUCCUGAAGAGCUGAAAGGUGCAGGAAAGGCACAAGUGAUUAUGUUUUCGGAGGAUAAGGGUCCGUUUGUGGUAACCUUAUCGCUUCAAAAACUUGGGCAAGAGAGGGGAAAUCGUCAUAGAGUGGUUCUCUUGGAGCGUGAUUGGAUGCCGAUUGUUAGGGCUCUUGAGCUGAGAAAAGGAGACACUGUGAGUAUUUUUCUCUUAAAUAAACAGGCGUGGACUUAUUUAAUUACAGUGGAAAGGGCUCCAGGUGAGGCGAACCAACCAAAUCAACCGCUAAGAAUGGAGUUUGACCUCAAUGAACCAGUUCAGAUGGAAAUUGACCUGAACGAGCCUGUCCAACUGGACAUGGAGAACAAUCUGAACCAACCAAAUCAACCGCCAAGAAUGGAGUUUGACCUCAAUAAACCAGUCCACCCCCAGAGCGACUGAGGCCACCAAGCUGACCCACGGCACAGCGCUGGCGCGCAGGAAGCGAAUGGGUUGCGUUGGUUUGUAGUGUUGUUAUCAACUUUGAUUUGAUAGUUAAUCUUUUUUUUUUUUUUUUAUGAAAAGAGCAAUGGUUAGAGGUGUUAAUGUGUUAGAGAUGUUAGUAUGUAAAGAGGGUAUUGAACCCAGAAUAUGGGAUG